AUGGCGACAAAGGAGUCAGGAGAUGCCAACGCAGAGCCGGCCCCCUCAUCAGCCAUGCGGAGCAAACCUGUGCCUGAAAAACCAAACUAUGCGCUGAAGUGUACUCUUGUGGGACAUACGGAAGCAGUGUCCUCGGUUAAGUUUAGUCCUAAUGGUGAAUGGCUAGCAAGUUCUUCUGCUGAUAAAGUAAUUAUAAUUUGGGGAGCCUAUGAUGGAAAAUACGAGAAGGCACUUUAUGGCCACAGCCUGGAAAUAUCAGAUGUUGCCUGGUCAUCAGAUUCCAGUCGUCUUGUUUCUGCCUCAGAUGAUAAAACGCUAAAGAUUUGGGAUGUGAGAUCUGGGAAAUGUUUAAAAACCCUUACGGGUCACAGUAACUACGUUUUUUGCUGUAAUUUCAAUCCACCAUCUAGUCUUAUCAUUUCAGGAUCUUUUGAUGAGAGUGUGAAAAUCUGGGAGGUGAAAACAGGAAAGUGCCUCAAGACUUUGUCUGCUCAUUCUGACCCAGUUUCUGCUGUUCAUUUUAAUUGUAGUGGGUCCUUAAUAGUGUCAGGUAGCUAUGAUGGUGCCUGUAGAAUCUGGGAUGCUGCAUCAGGUCAGUGCUUAAAAACACUUGUUGAUGAUGAGAACCCCCCCAUCUCAUUUGUAAAGUUUUCUCCAAAUGGUAAAUAUAUUCUAAUUGCAACUUUGGACAAUACUCUUAAACUAUGGGAUUAUAGCAGAGGCAGAUACCUGAAGACAUACACUGGUCAUAAAAAUGAGAAAUACUGCAUAUUUGCCAAUUUUUCCAUUACUGGUGGAAAGUGGAUUGUGUCUGGUUCAGAGGAUAACAUGGUUUACAUUUGGAACCUUCAGACUAAAGAGAUUGUACAGAAAUUGCAAGGUCACACAGAUGUUGUGAUCUCAGCAGCAUGUCAUCCUACAGAAAAUAUCAUUGCAUCAGCAGCAUUAGGAAAUGACAAAACAAUUAAACUGUGGAUGAGUAACUACUAAACCCUUUAGAAAUCAAAGCCAAGUUGGCAAAAGGAAUCAGAUAUGGGUCUAUUAAUCUCUUACAUCUGUCCCUGAACAGACUCCCUUUCUGUUUCUCUCAGUGGCUUAUAGAGUGUCAGUGUAUUUGAGAAAUAAACAGAAGUAAGGUUCACAAGACAAAAUGACUGAUUCAACGAGGGGAACAAUGGAGUUUGGAAUAACUCCAAGGUCUUGGGUUUGGGAGGUCAGAUGAAUAGAAAAACCUGGCAUGGCGGACUGGAGAUGUAUGUCAGAUGCCACUCACACACUUUCAGGUAAUAGCCUACAUGAUGGGAUAAGACAUGGUCCAUGGAAUCAAGUCUGUAAAUUGAGAAAAAUAAGUCAUGGUUUGGUUCUGAGUGUCUAAGAUACUAAGUUUUUAUCAAGGUAAAAACUAAAAAUCAAAACAUUAUAAAUGG